GAAGAUGUCAUCCCAAGCUCGGCUGCUCGCCACGGGUAUCAGACGAACGUUGAAGCAACCCCGACAAGUACAGCUUGCUCUCGCAGCAGCUGUUGGUGUAACCGCCAUAACGGUCUUCGGUGCUGGACUUGUCUACAAUGACGCGGCACCACCCAAGAAGACAACUGGUGCCGUGGCCGUCCAGCCUAUACAGGACUCCACCGACUCACUGACCGCUUGGUCCUGGGGGUCAAAUGACUAUCGGGUAGCAUCAUCCUCUGCCUCAACCACAAAAGCUAUUCGUAAUCCCCAACCCCUUCCACAUCUGUCUGGCAUUGCACUGCGUGACUUGGCCUUGCACGAGAAGCACGGUGCUUGCGUCGACGCAGCAGGGAACGUUUAUCAAUGGGGAGAUGAGUUCUUCGAAAACAAGUCAAAAGAAGCGAGGAAACCGAAGCUUACGUUGACAGGCAAGGAUAUCAAGAGCCUGACAAUAACGGAGAGCAAGGUAUAUGCACUAUCAAGUUCAGGAAGAGUGUUCGUGCUAUCUGCGAAGGAAUCACGCCAUGGAAAUAUCAAAGAGGAGUCCUCUCCUUGGUGGACAACUUCAUGGCUAUGGCACACUCAGCCAACCCUUGACCAUGUUGAGCUCAAACCGGAGUUUCCUCUUCGAGGUAGAGAAAAGUUCACCUCCAUUUCUGCAGGACGUGAUCACCUCCUCGCACUCACAUCGGCUGGUCGUGCAUUCACACAUGCUGUGAAUGCUAAAGCGAACGAUUACGGCCAGCUCGGCAUUAGCCGCAUCAGCGCCCGUAUCUCAUCUAAUCCACCACAAGACAAGCCCAUCGACCUUAUUCCCAAAGCGUCCAAAGACCCAUCAGAGCAAUCAACUCCCUUUGCUCGUCCCACCGCUCCACCCCUUCCGGUUGCCGGGGAUGACACCGACAUCCACUGGAGCACGAAGCUGUACGAGGUACCAAGCUUGAAGGAGGUCAAGGGGAAGCAGCUUAUCGCUGGCGGACGAAGCAGCUAUCUGCUCACGGCUGAGGAAGGCCGCGUUCUUUCUUGGGGCGCGAAUGAAUACGGUCAACUCGGCUUGGGGGCGACUAUGACUCUCACCUCUGUCCCCAUCCCCACGGAGGUGGUGCUCUCGCGACCAUAUCCCCGCGGCGCGGCCGUGAGAUGCACACACAUUUCGACUGGAGGGGAUGUCGUUUAUUUUACGAUGGAGAGGACAAUACCAGGUGAGAAUACUGCUGGAGUGGAUGUCCUCGCAGCCGGAAUGGGCCAAUGGGGUCUGCUUGGAAACGGACAGUAUACCCAGUCUCAAGGGUCCCCAGUGAAGGUCAGGGCCGUGAGUGGGAUCAUGGAAUACAAUGACAAAACGAAGGCCCUUGAGGCACUUCAACCCCGUGCUAUCUCCGUCUCUCCGACCGGUCACGCGAUGCUGACCCUGGACACCAUCUCCGACACCAAUGCCGGAUACGACGUGUUGACGUGGGGCCAAAACCGUUCCUUCGAGCUUGGAAAUGGGAAGCAAUCGGCCGUGCCGAUGCCGUCAUACGUGCAGCCAUUCAGGACAGAGCCAGGAAGCAGGUUCAUGGUUAAAGAGACAAGGAAGGUCAUCAAGGAUAUGGAAGGGAAGGUCAGAGGUAGGAACGUACCCGUGCAGGAGACCGUUGUUGCCGGUUGGGGAUGCACGGCUGUUUACUGGAAGAUUGUUUAAUAUGUUAUUUCUUCUGUUUUUCUUCGCUGUAUUCUAGCAUUGUAGUUCAUACUCACCCCACUCAAGAUCAUUUCAAUCAAAUUGCAUCCGC